AUGAGAGAUAUUUUUCGUACAAGAGGACCAUUAGGCAUCAAUGAACUUUUAAUGAUUUUAGUGAUGGAUCUCAUGGAAUUCAGCCUUCAUCAGGUCAUACAUGGUUUACCAAAUGAACUUGACGAUUAUCUAAUCAGAAAGUUUCUGUAUCAAUUGCUCAUGGGACUACGG